GUUCCUCUGCAUUAAGUGGAUUGGACAUAUGCAAAGAGGAUCGCCAGUAUAUCUGAACCCUCAGGUUGUGCUUCAAGAAGACUACAGGGAAGAACACAUUUUCCUCUUGCCGCAGAAGUUGCAAGAGAAGGUCUAUGAAGGUUUGAAAGGGCCAAUGAGUAUUCUCAUCAUUGAGGCAUUCUAUGGAGGGUCCCAUAAACAGCUGGUGGAUCUGCUCCAAGAAGAGUUAGAAGACUGUGUCCUUUAUACCCUUCCUGCAAAGAAAUGGCACUGGAGAGCACGGACAUCAGCUCUAUAUUUCUCUCAGAAUGUUCCCAUCAGUGAGGAUUACAGGAUCCUCUUUGCAAGCUCAGUGCUUAACCUGACCGAACUGGCUGCCCUUCGGCCUGACCUUGGGAAAUUGAAAAAGAUUCUUUACUUCCACGAGAACCAAUUGGUAUAUCCUGUCAAGAAAUGUCAGGAGAGGGAUUUCCAAUAUGGAUACAACCAAAUUCUUUCAUGCCUGGUAGCUGAUGUGGUGGUAUUCAACUCGCUUUUUAAUAUGGAGUCAUUUCUCACUUCCAUUGGAAAAUUUAUGAAGCUUAUUCCUGAUCACAGACCCAAGGAUCUGGAAAGGAUCAUCAGACCCAAGUGCCAAGUUAUUUCUUUUCCCAUCAGAUUUCCUGACGUGAGCAGAUUCAUGCCCAAGCACAAAACAACCCAUUUAAAGAAGAUGCUCAGCCUUAAAUGGAAUGGUGAUGCUGCUUCAUCCAUGGCCCUUCCUUCCCAACAUGAGCAGAGAGGUUCUGAGAAUGUUUUGAAGAAUUUUACUGCAGAGUCUGGGCUUUGCGAUACACUCUCCAGCCUUAGAAUGGCACAACAAGAAAGCCUGGGUAGCUCAUUAAUGCAAGUGUCAGACUUGAACCAGUCUAACUCAUCAGAUGAUUCAAACUCUUAUCAGGAGGAAAAGAAACAAGAUCCAUCUCUUAAUCCCUGUGACUCUUUGGGUGGAGUUGAUGAUCCGCAAAGACCAUUACACAUUGUCUGGCCUCACCGGUGGGAGCAUGAUAAAGAUCCAGAGAGCUUUUUUAAGGUAUUAAUGCAUCUAAAGGACCUAGGACUCAAUUUCCACGUCUCUGUCCUUGGAGAAACCUUCACAGAUGUCCCAGAUAUAUUUUCAGAGGCCAAAAAGGCAUUGGGAUCGUCUGCCUUACACUGGGGCUACUUACCAAGCAAAGAUGACUAUUUCCAAGUCCUGUGCAUGGCUGAUGUUGUCAUCUCAACAGCUAAGCAUGAAUUCUUUGGAGUGGCAAUGUUGGAAGCUGUGUAUUGUGGUUGUUACCCACUUUGUCCCAAGGAUUUGGUUUAUCCGGAAAUAUUCCCAGCCGAAUAUCUGUAUUCUACACCUGAACAGCUUUCAAAAAGGCUCCAGAAUUUCUGCAAGAGACCAGAUACUGUAAGAAAACAUCUCUAUAAGGUGAAUGACAAGACUGAAGUUCGGUGUUCGUUUUGGAACAACUUUAAAGAUGAUUUUCAAGAAUCGCAUAUUUGCAUUUCGGGUUCAAUAAAAUGAUGUAAAAAUCCUCGGUUUGUUUAGAAUUAGACUGCCAGUCUCGUCUCUGAAUAGCAAAGGCGAUAGGGGAAUAGUAUAAAUAGCCUCAUCGUUUGGUCCCUUCGUUCAUUAUCUUUUCUCCCAUUGUUUCAAUCAAGAUUUUUACAUUGUCAAAGUAACACAAAGAGGCCCUACUAGAAGUCUAAGUAAUCAAACUAGGAUAAAUCUGCUUCACGAGUGUCCGAAGGUGGUUCUAGGCCAUAAGUAAGACACCUUUUUACAUUCUUUGAAUGUAGCAUCUUCAUUUUACAUAAAUUCAGGAUAGUAUACAAUCUCUCAGUUUUAUAAUCUGGCAUAUUUUAAUUUUCCUAUGUUAACUAUAACCUUGACACAUGAAAUACGGUCGUCUGCCUCUUUUCUUUCCUUCCCAUUUCAUGGCCUAAAAUACAUAUUUACAGAGUGAUACAUCAAAACAUGAAUUUGUUUCUGCAGGAAACAGUUAAACUUCAGGAAAAAGGGAGAGAACCAAAAAUGCAAUUUAACACCCAAUUUCAAGCUCAUUAUCUUUCAUUGUCUAUUAACUUGGCAAUGGUUCAGAAGGUAGCUCAUAAUAGUUUAAAAUGCUGAGUGAACAGUUCCAGGCUUCAGUAUUACUCCUUGAGUCAAUACUAUUGUGUCGUAUACAGGGGAAGCUUCACAGGCAAAACAGCCCUCCAAGGUUGACCUCAGUAUUUCUUAAUUUUUAAAGUUCCAUAGCAGUUUUGUUUUGUUUGUGUCAAAUAUUAAUGAAAUCAUUUCCCACAUGGUAAACUACCAAAAUAUGCAGAAUAUGAAAACUAAGGAAAUAGACCAAUAACUAUUAAUGCAAAUAGAUUCCUAUAUAUGACGCGAAGCUAUUUUCAAAGAGUUGAAAGUCAAGUUUUUUUUUUAUUAUUCUUUCAGGUGAAUUUUUGGUAAAGUAUUUACAAAUGUAUUCCCAUCAUUAAAAUAUAUCAGCUUUUAGUUUUGCUUCAGGUUAGGCUUUAUUAACCCUGUUAUUUUGCAUCUGCACCUUUUUAACCAUUUAGAAGUUACUGCAACAAGUUGCCUUUAGUUAGAAAACAGAUCUCUAAUUGAAGUAUUUUAAUGCAGCUACUGCCAUAAUUAUAAAAUGAAUGUCAGCUGUUAAAAAAAUGAACUUGUUACUCAUGCAGUUUAAAAGAGAAGCUAUGCCUUAAAUGUUAUUUCAUUGAAUUGUUGCAUCUUACUGUUUCCAUGUAUUAAAGUCUGUUAUAUCAUAAAAUGUUCCAUCUCAAAAUUUUAUAGUCAUUCAUGUCUAAGCGUUUAUAAGAAUGUAUAUGUGUAAUUUACUCAUAAAUAUUUUUUACCUGCGAUUUUUAUCCUUAUAAAUCUAUAGUAUGUUUUCACAUAUGUACUCGUUUAUAAUUCUCAGUGAUAUUGUAUCAAAGUAGUGUUCUCAAAAAGAAAUAUAUCAGUCCAAGAAUGAUAAGUAACCAAAGGCUCUAUGGCACAAUUUUCAGGAACAACUGGUACGUUGCAAGGCAUCAAGUUAAAUCCACAGGAACCACCGGAGUUUUUAGUUUGGUUAUCGUAAUAGGAUUUUGAGUCAAAACAGAAAAAGAAUGUCGUCUAAAACUUCACGAUUAAGAUGUAGUAAAUUAUGUUGUUUUUUACCUGAUGUUCUAUAAAUAUACACAUUUUCAGAUAAUGUUUGCUUUUACUACAUACCAGAGUAUUAACCCCAAAGCAGCUUUUCAUCUCCUUUUUUUAUGCAGUGGAAGAGGAUCCUUUGUGUACAGUGAAGAGCAUUUUUUUUUCUUUUUUAGAUUUAUUCCAUUGGACAGUGCCGUUUUGCUUUUAUAAAACAUAUGCUUCUAAGAUCUAAAAGGAUAGAAUGUCACUGAAAUCUUUAAUUUGCUCCUUUUACAUUUUUACACCUUAUUUUUGUGUGUGUGUUAGAAGUUUACAUUUUAAAAUCAUCUCAACUGCUUAUCAUCUAGAGUUCACUUUAGGAUAGGAUUUUUCAUAUGGAUUCACACUUAGAAAUUUAAUGACUAGAAUAAGACUACUAACACUUGGCUUUCUUCCCACGUGAGACGUUAUACUUUCAUUAUGAGUGAGAAUUUGGGGGCUAUAACUUGAAGCCGGAUUUGAAAUGGAAUGCUAGUAACUGAAAAGCAGAAACAGAAUUUGGUACUUUCUUUCUUAAAGUGACUCUUUCGACUACAGAAUACUGUGUCCUUGACUUCCUAUCUGAAAUGGUUUCAGGCCUGAUAUGUGUAAAUUGGUCGUGUGCGUGCAUGUGUGCGCGCUGUCUCCUCCCCUCCCACACACACACACAUUUUUCUUAGAUCUUUAGAGAAAUUCAGUGCAUGCGAAUAUCAAAUGCUAGCUGAGCCACUUCUUAAUAAGUUGACAUCUACAGUUUAGUCAUUGACUACAACUUUCUUGUAUGUUCAGUACAUAUCCUUUUCUACCUAGAGGAAGUACACUGAGCACAGUACAUGUCAAAGAUAAAGUAGGUUUCACUUCAUUCGCAACAGGAAGCUUGUAUAUGAGUCCCAAAGGAGCCCUAGUAGUGCAGUGGUUAAAGCGCUCAGCUGCCAACCAAAAGGUCAGCAGUUCGAACCCACUAGCCACUCCAUGGGAGAAAGAUGUGGCAGCUUGCUUCCUUAAAGAUUACAGCCUUGAAAACCCUGUGGGGCAGUUCUACUCUGUCCUGUAGCGUCGCUGUGAGUCAGAAUCGACUCGAUGGCAACAGGUUUUCUUUUUGUUUUUUAUAUGACUCUCAAGCCUAAUUUGAACACAGGUUUCUACAUAUAAUCAUAAAAUAACCAGCCAAGGAUUGACUUCCUGUGUUAAUAGUUCUCCUUUCCAACCUGAACAAGUCUAACACUGUCAAGUUGUAUUUUCUUUGCCUCAUUUUUACUCUGUGAUUUUCCUUACUAAAAAUUCCCAACGAUUAUUUGAAGUCAGUACUUCAUAUUUUUAGAGAACCUUUGAUCAUCAUAUUUUCAAAUGCUUUAGGAAAAAAAACUUACAGGGAUAUCCACUUGUUAUCAGUCUUGAAAAUAGCCCAAGAGUACAAAUGGAGCAGCCGGGAAAGGUAGACACAGCCAGACUGAUGGAAGGGCUUCACAGUGCUGUCCUGUUGCUCAUUCACUUCAUUAACA